AUGGCGUCGGACGAGAUUGUCUGGCAAAUCAUCAACCAGCAGUUUUGCUCCUUCAAGCUCAAGACGGAAAAGGAGCAAAACUUUUGCCGCAACGAAUACAACGUCACCGGCUUCUGCAAUCGUCAGUCAUGCCCUCUCGCCAACUCCCGGUACGCGACGGUGCGCCAGCACCCGACCAAGGAUACGCUCUACCUCUACAUGAAGACGAUCGAGCGCGCCCACCUGCCGUCCAAGAUGUGGGAGAAGAUUAAGCUCUCCAACAACUACACAAAGGCGCUCGAGCAGCUUGACGAGCGGCUCAUCUACUGGCCCAAGUUCCUCAUUCACAAGUGCAAGCAGCGCCUCACGCGCCUCACGCAGGUCCAGAUCCGCAUGCGCAGGAUCGCGGCGGAAGAGGAGCGCCUGGGAGAGAAGCUCGUGCCGAAGCUGGCGCCCAAGAUCAAGAACCGCGAACAGGCUCGAGAGCGGAAGGCGGAGGCGGCGGCCAAGCUGGAGCGGACGAUUGAACGAGAGCUCGUCGAGCGCCUACGGCAGGGCGCCUACGGCGACCAGCCGAUGAACGUGAGCGAGACGAUCUGGAAGAAGGUGCUCAACGCCAUGGAGCGCGAGGGUCAGGGCGAGCGGGAUGAGGACAUGGACGAAGGCGUCGAAUCGGACGACGAGGAGCGCGAGAGCGAGGACGGCGAGGGGGCGGUCGAGUACGUCUCCGACAUUGACGAGAGCGACGAGGACCUCGACGAGCUCGAGGACUGGUUGGAAAGCGACGACGACGAGGUGGAGGAGGAGGAAGCGGAGGUGGACAGCGAGGACGAGAAGGAGGCGAGCAAGAAGCGCAAGCGCGGCAAGGUGACCAAGAUGAACAGCAAGCGGGCGAAGAAGGUGGCGGGCGAGAAGGAAAAGCUGACACUGACAAACGAGUUGGCAUGGUGA